CAGAGGCUGACGAAUCGGGACGAAUUAGCUGCAGUGUUCCGCGUUUUGGAUUACACUUGUUUUAUGUUUCAGAUGCAUGGAUUUUGUGCUUGGGUUGGCGCCGUGAACCAAGAUAAAUGUUGGAAAGAAUUUAAGAAUGCAGUGACCUAUGAUGAUGUGCAUGUUGACUUCACUUGGGAAGAGUGGAUAUUGCUGGAUUCUUCCCAGAGGAAUCUCUACAAAGAGGUGAUGCUGGAGACCUACAGGAACCUCAUUACUAUCGGAUACAGUUGGGAAGACCAUAAUAUUGAAGAACGUUGUCAAAGUUCCAGAAUUCAUGGAAGGUAA